CCUCAGGUUAGGUUGGUCACAACUAUUGCCUCAGAGAGAAACAAUCAAAGCCUUCUAUGGAUGUCGUCUUUUUCGUUUAUUCCUGAUUCUAACUUUCCUCUACCCUAAUCUCUUCCGGUCAAAUCUUCAGGAUCAAUUGAAUUAUCUCAUAAUUUCCGUGGGCUCAUUUAGAGGACAUUUUAGCUGCUCCAGGCUAAAGAAGUCACUGUUUUUUGUUUUUGUCUUUGUCUUUGUGAUCAUUCAGACUCGUCGAGAUGAAGGACCGACUGGCGCAACUCAAAGAGAAGACCGAUGCUGGUGGCGACGACAUUGAGGUUCCUGUGGAGAACGAGGCUUUCAUGGAUGAUUUCUUUAAUCAGGCUGAAGAUAUCCGCAGCAGCAUUGGCGAGAUUGAGAGACCGUGUGUCUGUGUCUGUGUCUGUUUGUCUGUGUCUGUCUCAGGUAUUGAGGGCCAGCUCGAGUCAAACAAAGAUGAGCGGGCCGGCGCAGACAUUAGGAUACGCAAAUCACAGCAUGCCAUCCUGGCCAAGAAGUUUGUAGAGGUGAUGACCAAAUACAACGAGGCUCAGGUUGACUUCAGAGAUAAGAGCAAGGGACGAAUUGCCAGACAGCUGGAGAUCACGGGAAAAGCAACAACGGACGAGGAGCUGGAAGAGAUGCUCGAGGGAGGCAACUCAGCUGUGUUUAGUGCCGGGAUCAUGGACUCUAAGAUCAACCAGCAGGCCCUGAAUGAGAUUGAGGCUCGUCACAAAGAUAUCAUGAGACUGGAAAGUAGCAUCAAAGAGCUGCAUGACAUGUUUGUUGACAUCGCCAUGCUGGUUGAGAAUCAGGGUGGUAUGAUUGACAGAAUUGAGGGCAACAUGGACCAGUCGGUGGGCUUUGUAGAGAGAGCAGUGGCCGACACCAAAAAGGCAGCCAAAUUCCAGCAGGAGGCGCGCAGAAAACAAAUGAUGAUCUUCUGCUGCUGUGUUAUUUUGGCCUUGAUACUGGGUUCAUUUGUCUUCAGCUUCUUCAAGUAGAAGCACAGAUUAAGACCCACCACAGCCUGUCCGCAUUGUUCUAAGAUGGUCACAACAUGGGCUCAGUUUACUGUCGCUUCUGUUUUUAUUCAUUAAAAUAAAGGUAAGUCUGGCCAAAGAAGAUACCUUAAAAUGACCCCAGGGCAUUUAGAUUUAAUUAAUCUGUCCCUUACAGAUUCAAAUUAGCUGCAGAACUCACUGAGAGCCAAAUGAUGGGUAAACAAAGCAUAACGACAACUCAACCAUAUUUCAAUGGUUCAAAGAAAUAUCUGAAUACGAAUGUCACAAGUCAAAUUAUUUACUGUGGCUACGAGAAGCAACUAUGGUUACUGUGGCAGCAUGAACAUGCAUUUCUAUUGUAUUAUGUGCAGGAUUUGUCAGUAAAUUACGUCGUAUGUGUGUAGGACUUUUCAUUACCGUUGAGUUUAAAAUAGCUGGAAAAGUAGACCAGAUGGACACUGGACAACAAGUCAAGGGGUCACGAAAAUGUUAAAGAUGUGUACAUUUUGAUGCUAUCCUGGACUAGCAGGGUAUCUCAUUUGCUUUUAUUUAAAUUUUUGUCCACUAUCACUGAUAUGAAAAGUAGGCUUUUACUCAUUUUCAACUGGAAGGAAAAUAUUCCUUACAACGCUAUCAAAUUUUUUUGAAGUGAGCUAUACAAGUUUUAUUGGCUCAUACUUUCUCAAAUGAUUCAAACACUCAAUAGUUGUCAGGAUCUGCCUUCUCAAAUACAUUGAAACAGUGAAAUAUUGUCAUGUGCCCAGGAAAGAAAAACAAUGAUUUGUUGAUGAGUAUACAAUGAAUAUCAGCGGCUGUUCACAAUUGAACGAAGUGAAAGUAGACAGACGUCAGACAGAUCUCCCUGUAGCAUUACGGUAUGACCAGCCACUGCACAUCAGCAUGGUGCAUAUCUAUGCACUCUGCAUAUCUGAGUAUCAGUAUAUAUCUUAGUCCACUGGUGUUAUUCUUUUGUACAUUUCUCUGUUAUUUGUGUUUUAAUUUUGAAACCAAGUAUACCAACAGUAUAUUGACAGCUAAUGAUACCUGCAGCUGCCAUGACUCCAUAGUAGACCUUUAUUCAAAUCUGUAUCAAUUUAAUGAAUACAUAAUCGUUUGAUAUCAAUACCAUGUCAGGUGUGGGAUUACAAAUAAGAAUAAAUGCUGCCCUGCUUCAUUUGAUUACACUGA